AUCCAAUAAUGAUUUCAAGGUACUUAUCAAGAUUUAAAUACAUGGAUUAAUUAUAAAGAUGUAAAUGAUAUAAAUAUGAGAGUCUUGUAAAGUACAAGAGAUACAGCUAAAUGUGAUUUAAUCUAAUUUAAUAAUGAUUUUAUCAAUUAGCAUUAGGUUAAUCCUCUGGGUUAUCAAAUUCCUGGUUUUUAUAAUUACAUAAAAUAAGAAAUUGUAAGGAUUAUAUUAAUAUAGAUUUAAGGAGACAUAGAAUCAUUAAAUAAAGCAUCUAGUCAUUAUUUUAGUAAGGAAGGUAAAUUAAUAAGACCAAUGUUAAAUAUGCUUUAUGCUAAUCAUAUUGAUAAAAAUAGCUAAAAUACAGAAUAACAAAAGAUCUGGGCAGCAGUGAUAGAAAUCUUGCAUGUAGCUAGUUUAGUACAUGAUGAUAUAUUAGAUGCAUCAGAUACAAGAAGAGGAAUACCUGCAUCUCAUGUCAUUUAUGGUAAACAUAGAGCAACAUUCUCAGCUAAUUAUUUAAUUGGAAGAGCGUAAUUAAACAAUAUAAAAAUAAUAGUGGCAGAAAAAUAUCUGAAUUUAAUGAUAUUAGGAUGUUCUAAAUCUAUUCAUAAAUUAUGGAUAAUUUGACUAAUGGUGAAUAUUUAUAAGCAAUGAAAUAGAAGAGUUUCCAUAAUUUUCAUAUCACACUAUAAAAUUAUAUGAUUAAGACUUAUUAUAAAACAGCAGCUUUAAUUGCUAAUAGUUUAUAAGGAGUCUGUUAAUUAACUACCAUUAAAGAUACAGUAUGUCAAAAAUCAUUUAAUAUUGGAUUACAUUUGGGUGUUGCUUUCUAAAUUAUUGAUGAUGUAUUAGAUUAUACUUCUAAUACUGAAUAAUUAGGUAAAACUAGUUUAAAUGAUCUUAAAAGUGGAGUAUUAACUGGACCAGUAUUAUUUGAAUUGUUUAAUCAAUAAAAAAAUAAUUCACCUGAAUAUCAACUCAUGAACUCUGUCUUAUUAGGUUAAUCUAAAGAUUACGAUACUGUUAAUUCUAUUGUCUUGGCUGGAGAUGGCAUUGAAUAAAGCAAAUAUUUAGCUUAUUUACAUACUUAAGAAGCCUUAAAAAUAUUAUCAAGCAUCAACUCAUAACCAGAUUAAGAUUUGAUUUCUUUGAUCUUCAUGUUUAUCAACAGAAAUAAAUGA